CCUUUUGGUACCAACAGCAUCAAUCUCAUCAAUAAAUACUAUUGAUGGAGCAUGUUCCUCAGCAACCCUAAAAAGCUCUCGAACAAGUUUAGGACCAUCACCAAGAUACUUUUGAAUAAGUUCAGAACCAACAACUCUUAAAAAUGUGGCUGAAGUUUGAUUGGCAACUGCUUUAGCUAGCAAAGUCUUCCCUGUCCCAGGGGGUCCAUAUAAUAUUACACCUUUAGGUGGUUUAAUACCCAUUUCUUCGUAAUAUUCAGGGUGGGUAAGAGGUAAUUCUACAGAUUCUUUGAUUUCUUGAAUCUGUGUAUCUAAACCUCCAAUAUCUGCAUAUGUUUCCUGAGGUGCUUUCUCUAGCUUCAUUACAGUAACCAUGGGAUCUGUGUCAUCUGAAAGAACACCUACUACAGCAUGAACUUUGUGAUUUAAAAGAACAGAACAGCCUGGUUCCAAUUGAUCUUUGUCGACAAAAGAAAGAAUGCUUACAUAAUGUUCAGAUCCAACUGAAGUUGAAACAAUGGCAUGAUUAUCAUCAAUAAUUUCUUCUAAAUUACCAACUGACAUGGGUGUACCCCUAAGGUCAUCAACUUUGGACCUUUCUUCUUCAUUUUUUUCUUCUUGGGGUUUUAAACGUUCUUGGUUCCUGAUAAAUUCUUCUUCCAUUAAAAGAUAAUCCUUUAUUCUUUCCAAUUUUAAGAGUUUCAAACGACAUUUCGUAUGAGGUGUUACCUGAGGCAAUUUCGUAGCAGCAUCAGGUCCCUUGGUUCUCUUUUUCUUUUUACCAACUCGCGUGGGAAUUGGUGGUUCGUAUUUCUUCUUCUUAUCUUUAUCAUCCUUUUUAUCACCUCCAGAUCCUCCACUACCCGACUGAUUUUGUCCCAUUCCAACUUAUAAAACAGACACAAUGAUUAUACAAACUCAAACAAACAGUAAUCUCUAUAACCUCCAAAGAUUAACAAGUCAUUUUCCAAGACCCUCACAAUUAUGUUUGAUGCUGUAAUUUUAAUCAAUAAAGACAACAUUUAAACACAUAUUUUAAACUGUAUUAAUUAUUUUUGUCGUUUAAUAUAUCAAAUAGAUAUUUGUUAGUUCGCUAAAGAAUAAUAGCAAGACAAUAACAAAAUUAGGAGAGGGGGUGGUUAGCAAAAUAGUCAGAUGGUUGACUGGUGUCCGAAGCGCCAGAAUAUUUGUAUCUGACUGACGAGAAGGUUGCCGCUGUUAGUUUAUGUUGUUUAUUUUCUUAUUAAGUUUUGCUAGUGAUAUGGUAUCAAAAUGGAACAACAACGGGUAUGGUUACUUCAAAGGAUAUUUAAUGUUGACACAAAUCCAAUCGUCAUCAAAGAAGGAUUGUAUAAAAUUGGACGGAGCCCUGAGUCAAACAUUUUUUGUCGAUCUGAAUGGGUCUCAAGAUGUCACUGCGAUGUGACUGUAAAAGGAGGAAAUGUUUACAUCAGAGACCUUGGGAGUUUGAAUGGAACUUAUAUAGAACAAACCGAAAUUCUGAAGGAGCGCGAUCUUCAGUUAAAGGAUGGAGAUAUUAUUAGCUUAGGUAAACCCUUUUUAGGAGAUAUAGCAGAAACUAAUCAUUAUGUAUAUCGGCUUGUGGAAUGUAAUGGACCGCAGGGGCCAAAAAAACGAAAGAGGAACUCUUUAAGUCCGCAAAAUGAGGAAAUAUCAAAAGGAAAUUGCUCACCGAAGCGGAUAAGGGAAUCGAUAGAAAAGCAGAAAAAAGAUUCUCUUACUAUUCAACAGGACUUGCCUCCUAAUCAAGAGGUUUUAUUAGAAGAGGCUAUCACGUGUAACCAGAAAAGAAAAGUCUUACCUUUACAUACUGCCGCCAUUGGCUUCAAUCAGGUUUCUUCAUCUGAUAAAGGCAUGGAGUGUAUUGACCUGACUGAUGAUGGCAGUCAAAAUAUGUUUCCUGACAAAUCUUCAAGCUGUGGGCCAUUAGCUGAUAAAGAAAGUACCAGCCCUGAUUCUAGUGAAUGUAAAAAUCCUAUUCUACCAGGCUCAAAUGCCUGCUCAUUAAACAAAAACGCAAAGAUAAUUCAAGCAGUGAUGAAAUUAUUAGAAAAUAAUGACAGUGAUAAAGUGUUAAAAAAUAUUGAAAUUCUUUCUGGAGGGAUUGAAAAACCAGAAGAGAAUGUUUCUCAUAAUAUUAAUUUAGAUAAUAAGUCCAUUACUGCAAAUAUUUCAUCAAAUUUGAAUAAUGAACAAAUCAUUUCUUCAAAUGUUGGAAGCAUUGAAAUUCUUACCUCCAAUGAAUCCAGUUCGUGCCAUUCACAAGAAUUUACAAAUUACUGUUUAAAGCAGAAUAAAGUUAAAAUUGAAGCAGAUGCUGAAGUAAGUCUAGUGCAGCCUAUUCACGAGAAUAGAGAAAAUGUUUCAUAUCUUGAAAAUAAAGAAAUUUUCCAUGACAAUCGAUAUAAAACAGAGUAUGAGGAAGAAUCAUGUUUUUAUGAACCAGAUCUAGCCCAGCUUCCUAGCAAUUUGAACUAUUGUUCUGAUAUCAUCAGUUCCAAUGUUGGGUCCUCACAUAAAUCUGUUCUAUCUAAUGCAAAAAAUGCCACUGAAAAGAUCCAGGAUGAGAAUGAAGAGCUGAAUUACAAACCUCAAAUAAAAAAAACACGUUCUGACUCUUUUGCAUCAGAAAUGGAAAAACUGGACAGUCUAUUGAAGGGUCUAAAUGAGAACAAAGAAAUUAAUGUUUUAUCCUAUCAUAAUGAAAAGAGAUUAGUUGAUCCAAUAAGUAUUGAAAGUGAUAUGAAACAUUUUGUAGUACAAAAUGAAAUUUGUAAAAAUAUUUCUGUUUCUAAUAAAGAUAAUAUCCCAAAGGCUGAUAACAUCAAAGUUUUCCACAAAAGUAUCGAUACAACCUGUAGGGGUACCGAAUUACCAUCUAGGAAAAACUCUUUAGAUAUGUCACUUCUUCAAAAUAAAAGUAAUGCCUUAAUAAAUAUGAAACAACUAACAUGUCCUGAGCAAAAUAAAACAGAAGUUAAGAUGGAUUCACUUUCAAGAACUAAGUCAGGAAAAGAUCAAUUAGAAAAUAUUAAGAUGGAUUCACCUUUAAGUAGUAAGCUUGAAAAAGACAAAUCAGAUGUCAAGGUGGAUUCAAUUUCCAGUAGUAAACCUGAAAAAGACAAAUCAGAUGUCCAGAUGGAUGCACUUUCAAAAAUUAAUACAGAAAAAAAUCAAUUACAAAAUAUUAAGAUGGAUUCACCUUUAAGUAGUAAGCUUGAAAAAGACAAAUCAGAAAUCAAAAUGGAUUCACUUUCAAGUAGUAAACCUGAAAAAGACGAAUCAGAUAUCAAGAUGGAUUCACUAUCAAGUAAUAAACCUGAAAAAGAAAAAACAGAUGUGAAGAUGGAUUCACUUUCAAGUAAUAAACCUGAAAACGACAAAUCAGGUGUCAAGAUGGAUUCACUGUCAAGUAAUAAACCUGAAAAAGACAAAUCAGAUGUCAAGAUGAAUUCACUUUCAAGUAAUAAACCUGAAAAAGACAAAACAGAUGUCAAGAUGGAUUCACCUUCAAGAAAUAAUCAUUUUGAAUCUUUACCGUUUGUGACUGAAAAUGAUAUUCAUAUUAAUAUCAAACAAGAGUUAUCUUUUGAACAAAAUGAUGUAGAUGAACAAAUGGUUUUUUCACAAGAUGUGGAUGGUGUUGUAGUAAUUGAUGAAAGUGAAGAUGAACUGGAAUAUUCUCAGUUGUUCAUGGAACUAGAUGAGGUUACUAAAGAAGUAUCGAAUGAGAAAACAAAUAUUUGUAAGGAAGAAGAGUUUAUGUAUGAAAUGAAUGAUGAUAACGAAGAAAUAGAUUUGUUUCAGUCACAUUUUUCUCAGUGCUCGCAAGAACAAGAAUUGAUAAAGACAGAAACACCAAUUAAAAAAAUAAAUAAAUCUCAAUCACACUCGUCCAAUGAUGAUGUUUCAAGCAAAGAUCAAGCUGAUGUGAAAAAGAGUCCUCGUUCCAAAGGAAAAGAUAAGAGGAUUCGAGAUGUGAGUGUGAAAUUGAAAAGGUUGGAUUUGGAACUUUUAACAAAAACUAAGGAAAUCUCGGAAGAAGAAGUAUCUGAGUCCAAUUUGAAAACUAUAAAAUCUGAUUAUCCAGACCAAACAUCAGCUGCUGAUGGCCUCAAAAAUAAUAAUAAAAUAAUCAAUUCAGACACACUUGAAAAAGUAAAAUGUAAUGAAAAAAAUAAUACUAAUUUCGAUUCAUUUGAUCUGCCGAAUAAAUGCAAAUCUAAUGAAAUGAUUAAAUCUGAUAAAAAUAUCACCUGUUCGGUUCAAUUAGAAAAGGUUGAACCAAGUACAGAACACCUUCCAAACAAAACUGAGCAAUUUUCUAAGAAAAGUGAAGCUGAUUCGAAAUCGAAGGGAAAAAAAAUUGGUUUAAAAAAGUCUUCCAUUGAAAAAGAUAUUGUAAAUGCAAGUUAUAGUAAGAAAUUAGAUCUGGAAAAAUCUGUUAAUACAAUUAGUAAUAUAACAACAGAGACCAAUGAGAAUUGCCCUCCCUCAAAUUUAAUUAAAAAAGAUUCUAACAAGUCUGAAAUUAAUAAACAACUUCAAUUAGAUAAAUCAGUUGAUGGGUUAGUGAGUUUACCUCCUGCUGAUUCAAUAUCAGGUGCCAGGUUAGUUAAAAGUACAUUACUUUCUAAACCUCCAACUGCACGAAAGAAACCUGGUAGGCCUAAGAAGGCAGAGCCAAGUGUAACUAAGGAGUCUUUGAAUAAGAAAAAACAAAAACAAAUUAUUGAGGACAGAAAAGCAAAACUGAAAUCAUUAGCUUUAGGAGCCAAUUCGAAAAUGGUUGAAAAUGGAGAAAAAGGUAGUGCACAUACGGAAGUUACUCUAAGACCUGAACAAGAUCUCAAAUCAACAGAGGAUAAAUUGCUUGAUAAUAAAUCUGUUACCAGAUCUGGAAGUCCAGAUAAGAAAGAUGGUAAUCUGACCAAGCCUCUUGGAGUGGCCAAAAUUACUGAAAGAAAUCGAGGUAGUAUCCUACUGGAGGGAUUAAUGGAAGAUCCUUGUAGAAAGUCUUCUAGAACGAAGAAAAAAAUUGAAAAAGCUAAUAGUACGCUAUCAAGUACUGAGUCAGUGUCCAAAAGAUCUGCAUCGACUUCUUAUGAUAAGUUGAAGGAACCCGCCUCCUCCAAAGCAGGGCCAGUCGCGCCAUUACCAAAUGUUACUUCUGGUGGACUAAAAAGUUGUUUGAAGUUACUUGGCCAACCUCGAACAUCCAUUAAAAAAGUUCAAUUUAAUCUUAAAAUGGAUAUUAAGUUAUUCGAGUGUGAAGGAAGCAUGAAGUCAGUAAACGCAAUGGGUUUAAAAGAUAAGGCUCCCUCAACUCCUAUACCCAAGCCUGUUGUAACUUCACCCAUGCCAGCUAUCACUACCCUAGAAGAAACCUAUUUUGACAUCGUCCAUUGGAACGCCUCCUGGAUUAAUGAAAUCAAAGUUAUCGCUGGCGAACCUCCUGUUCAUACGGAAAAGUACAAUGCCAAGGAUGCUUAUGUUUCUUACAAAGAUUACAAGCGUUGGCUGUAUCCUCUUAUGAUGUAUGAGCUGUGGGCCAACAUGUGUAAAACAAUGGAUGAUGAAGAUGCUAAUAAGACGGGAAGAGCCUUCGAUGGUAUAGUUUUAGAAUCACAACAAUAUGGCAUUCAUUCUGUUAAUGGAAAAAAUCUAUUAUUGCUAAAAUGUUUUUUUCCUCUGUAUGGAAAACAACAUAAUAUGGUUGAAGCUAUGGAUAUUUUACUAAUCAAGGCUUUAUCAGCCUGUGAAGGGAAACGUAUUUUUUUCGUUAUGUUUGGUCUAGUCUAUUCAGCUGUAAAAUUUAACAGCUAUAGAGAUACCUCGGAUCCAGUCGCAAGGCAUUACCUCACUACUUUAAAUAGGAAGCCUGAUGUUUGUGCUUAUUUCGAUAUUAUUAUAUAUAAAAGCCAAAAAAAGCAAUUAACUACUGGUUUCCAACUUAGGAUUCGGCCGACUUACAAUAUGAUAACAGAAUUACGGGAAUUUGAAAGUUUGAUAAAAUUGGCAAGUUCUCCUUUGUCACACAUUAUUAUUGAUCCUGUUACACACAAUUCAACUUAUUUACAAAAGGAAAUGGAUAAUAAAGUUGUCACUGAGUACCCGUUGAACGAUGAGCAACGCAAGGCCGUUUUGUGUACUACCCAGUCUGUCUUCGCCAACAAGCCAAAUAUUAGCCUGAUUCAUGGUCCUCCUGGUACAGGAAAAACACAGGUGAUCGUUUCUAUCGUCCAACAAUUAUUGUACAGAUUUAAAUUAAAAAAUAAUUACAAAAGGAAAAAAAUUCUCAUCUGUUCGCAUUCAAAUACUGCCAUUGAUGAAAUAUGCCUGAGGUUAUUGGACAUACGUCAACAAUUACCGAGAGAAAAAAGAUUUAAAUUAACCAGAUUUGGCCGUAAAGAAAAAAUGCAUCCCAGAGUUUCAGAGAUACAAACUGGUACGUUAGCUCGUAAAGAAGUAGAAAAGAGGAAUUUAAAUGAAGAAUUCACUCUGGAGCUCUCUCUCCAGAAGGCGACAGAACGAAUGGUUGCUAAUGCUCUCGAGAAUCCUGAAUCUCCAAAAGUUGAAAGCUACAAGCGAAAAUAUGAACAGGUUCAAAAGAGAAUCGCUUGCCUUGAAGCUGUCGUAAAUAAUAAAGAUUCUAGCAGUGACACGCGACAGAAAGAAAUAGAAAGAAUGGUUUUCGAUGAAGAGAUGAAGGUAAUCUACCACUCUGACAUUAUUGCCACAACACUAGGAUCGUGUACCCAGAGAAGAAUUACAAAAGCAUUCAGUGAAAUGUCGAGGGCAGGAGAUGAGAAGAGAGAAGUGGGGGUGUGUAUAAUAGAUGAGGCGACUCAAGCGACAGAAGCUGAUUCACUCCUGCCCCUUGUCUAUGAUGUCAAAAACUUUAUUUUAGUUGGUGACCCACAGCAGUUGCCACCGUUUGUAGCUUCACAGACAGCGAAGAAAUUCGGAUUGUGCCAAUCAUUAUUUGCCAGACUGUACAAGGUUUGGACUGGCGUCCCUUCAUCACCUGUCUAUAUGCUGACCGCUCAGCACCGCAUGCAUCCAGAGAUUGCCAAGUUUCCUUCGAAGGCGUUCUACAACGGGCAGCUGACCACUCCUUCCUUCUUGGCAAUAAAGAGACCAUUCAAACCGUAUGCUAUCGUCACGCAUACGCUUGUCCAGGAUUCAAAUGAAACAAACCUAAGUGAAGCUAGAUUGAUCGUUGAGAUGGCUGGUAAAUUGCUUUCAGAACCAGGCAUGAAAGGACUUAGUAUUGGGCUGAUAGUUCCUUAUCAGAAACAGCGAUCAGUAAUACAGGACCUUUUUGAGGACAAAAAAGUGCUUCGGCAGCUUAGCGUGAAUACUAUAGACAGCUAUCAAGGCCAGGAGAGGGACGUAAUAUUGUUGUCCAUCGUGAGAACUUCAGGCAUCGGCUUCCUCAACGACCAUCAACGGCUCAAUGUUGCUCUCACAAGAGCGAGGAAAGCAUUGUACAUUGUUGGGAAUUUCACUUCUCUCCAGACUACAGACAUUUGGAAAGAUCUACUCACAGAUGCAAAAGAGCGUAAUCUCCAGUUUGAUGCAGGGCGUGCAGAAAAGAUAGAUGACAUUUUCGGGUUCCUUUUUGAAAGGAACAACAAGAAAUCGAGAACGUCUAAUUCCUAGUUCUUGAAUAAUGUGUACAUAUUUGUGUAUAGAAAACAUAAUUAUUAUUUUAUAUUGUAAAUAUGUAUAAAUGCUAUAUAUACAAAUGGCUGUGACAUUUUUACAGUUAAGUGUAAUAAAAUUUAAACUUAAAAAAAAAAUGAAUAAAGUUAAUCUGUAGCUAUUCAUUGUUACCAAUUGAGAACAAUAUAUUUAUUAAAGAAGAAUUCAUUUUACACCUUUGAAUUUGUAAUGUUUUUAUUAUUAUCAUUAACUUCAUUAUCUAUUUUUUUUUUUUUUUAAAUAGAAUCGUAUUAAUUUAUUAAUAUUUCAGUUACUAAUUUGUGUUCUAAAAAGAACAUUUAAAUUAUGUAUGUUGUUAUGUACUUUGUUUUGGUUUUUUAUUAAUAACAUAUUUUCUCUUCUAUAAAGAUAGAGAUUAUACAUAAUUAAGAAGAAAAUUAAUCUCAUUAGUUUUGUUUUUUAUAUUUUAUAUUCUAAACCUCAACUUUUGUACUAUGUUGUAUUACAUGAGCUGUAUCAUUAUUAAAGUAUUACAAAUAAUUUUUGUUGAACUUUGUUUUUACACGUUGGAAUAAACAAUGCAUAAAACAUAAAUAUCUUCUCAAUAUUUAUACAUUUUUAGAAUAAUUAACAAAAAUCUGAGUAUUGGAAGUAAGCAAGCUUUCAGGAGCUUAUUCCACACCUAAUUUCAAACAAAAUGUGCUCUAUAAACAUGUUUUAAAAAAUUGUAAUUAGAAAUUGUUUUGUUCUUCUAUAAAUAUAUGAUUAUAACUCAACAUUUGUUUAUGCUUUAGAAAAUUUCAAACCCACAA